CAGGACCGUGAGAAGCAAACGGUUAGCAGAGGGCAAUCAAUCCUAGCUGUUUUUCUGUGUGUCUCGUGAAAAGGGGUGGUUUCAGUUUCAAUAUUUUCAGAGAUUCGCAGUUUUAAAAUCAAUCGGGUCGUGAUGUUUAGUCUUCCUCUCCGGACCCUCACACACUUGAGUAGCGGCAGUUGUAGCAAUCAGCCCAGUGGUGUUCGACUUCUAGCCUCCUUGCAAUCAUAUCUGGCCAUGACGGACAACAACCAUCAACAAGCCAUGGAUCGUCUGGGCCAGAGAACCUUCUUCCACAGCGACUUUAAAGGCGGAAACCACGACAACGUUUGCCCCUCUAUGGUCCGUGGUAUCGAUUACAUCCGUGAUCCCCGCCUCAACAAGGGUAUGGCGUUCACUUUGGCCGAGAGGCAAGCAUUGGGCAUCCAUGGACUAAUUCCGCCCCGUUUCAAGACCCAAGAAGAACAGGUGGAACUUUGCUUGACCAACUUGAAGCGUUAUGCUGAAGAUCUCAACAAAUACAUUUACCUUAUGGGCUUGCAGGAUCGUAACGAGCGUUUGUUCUACCGUAUUCUUUCCGAGAAUGUCGAGGAAAUGAUGCCCAUCGUUUACACCCCAACUGUUGGUUUGGCCUGCCAAAAAUUUGGUGUCAUCUAUCGCCGUCCUCGCGGUCUUUUCAUCUCUAUUCACGACAAGGGUCACAUUUACAGCAUGUUACGUAACUGGCCGGAGGAAGAUGUCCGUGCUAUUGUCGUUACUGACGGUGAGCGAAUCCUUGGACUGGGUGAUCUAGGAGCCUAUGGUAUGGGCAUUCCAGUUGGCAAAUUGGCCCUUUACACCGCGUUGGCUGGAAUUAAACCGCACCAAUGUCUCCCCAUUGUUUUGGACGUUGGCACCAACACGCAGGAAUUGCUGGAUGAUCCGCUCUACAUCGGAUUGAGGCACAAAAGAGUUACUGGACAGGCCUACGAUGACUUGAUUGAUGAAUUCAUGACGGCCGUUGUCCACCGCUAUGGUCAAAACACCCUCAUCCAGUUUGAGGACUUUGGCAACCACAACGCUUUCCGUUUCCUAGAAAAGUACCGCAACAAAUUCUUGACUUUCAACGACGAUAUCCAAGGAACUGCCUCUGUGGCCGUCGCUGGUCUCUUGGCUUCGCUCCGCCUAACCAAAACUAAAUUGUCGGAGAAUACUUUCCUUUUCCAAGGAGCCGGAGAGGCUUCUAUCGGUAUCGCUCAGCUGAUCGUCAUGGCCCUCGAGAAAGAAGGUGUCCCACAUGAAGAAGCGUUAAAGAAGAUUUGGCUGGUCGAUUCCAAAGGUCUGCUGGUCAAGGACAGGCCAGAAGGAGGUAUCUCUGGGCAUAAGAAAGAGUUUGCCCAGGAUCAUCCCCCGAUGAGACAUUUGGCCGAUGCUGUCAAGAAGAUUAAACCGUCGGUGCUGAUCGGUGCUGCCGCUAUCGGCGGAGCCUUCACACCAGAAAUUAUCAAAGAUAUGGCCUCCUUUAACGAGCGCCCAGUUAUCUUUGCUCUGAGUAACCCGACUAGCAAGGCCGAAUGCACAGCUGAAGAUGCCUACAAAUAUACCGACGGAAAAGCAAUUUUUGCCAGUGGCUCUCCUUUCAUGCCAGUUACCUAUAAUGGGCAGACUUUUUACCCUGGCCAGGGUAAUAAUGCUUACAUUUUCCCAGGCGUGGCGCUGGCCGUCAUCACGACAGGCAUCCACCAUAUCAAGGACGACAUUUUUCUCAUGGCUGCCGAGGCUCUUGCCAAUCGAGUGUCUGAGCAAGAUUUGGCUGAAGGCCGUCUCUACCCACCUCUAGGUACAAUUCGCGAUUGCUCAACUGCUAUCGCUGCUUACAUCGCUGAACACGCAUACAAGAAUGGAUUAGCGUCUACUUAUCCAGAACCAGAGGACAAAGAAGCAUUCAUUAAAGCCCAGCUGUACGAUUUUACAUAUGACAACAAAUCAGCGCUGCCAGACGUUUACGAGUGGCCCCAACUUAGCAAAUUUUAAAUCCUUUCGACACUUUCAGAAUCGUGUCGAAAUCUUUCUAGAUGUUAAAAAAAAACAAAUUUCAAGAAGUCUGUGUGAACAAUUAUCGCUAAAACCAAGUACUCUUUAACCGAAUACUGCAAUUUAGGAACGAAUCCAGAGAUUAGAAUCGAUUUACUAUCGUUUUCCAUUUACGAAUGGAGUGAAACAAACAAAAAACCAGAUUUUUCUAAAGAACUGGGAUGCUUUUAAUGGAUGUAUACCACUUUCCCGGACGCACUGCAUAGUGAUACACGUUCAAUUAUUAUUUCCAA